UUCCUCUUCUUUAUUUCGUCCUCUCUCAUCCAGACGAAGUGCCCGCUUAUGCUACAGCGAGCUGCUACAGCCCAGCCACUGCCAUGGUGGUCUCUACGGCAGCUCUUCUUCACCGUCUCUCAUCAAUUAUCUGUUCAGCGAAACUUCUCUUCCAUAUCUAAAAGCAGGGUUUUGAAUCAUUUGGACGAGGAGUGUGAAGAUUUUUUGCCAUGGUUGGAGAGGAAAGCUGGUAUCGAGGUUUCAUCGAAGCUUUACGUUGGAAAGUCCUCCUAUGGCAGGUCACUAUUUGCUUCUGAAGACAUACAAACUGGAGACUGCAUAUUGAGAGUUCCAUAUGGUGUUCAAAUAGCAUCAGAUAAACUACUUGCAAAAGUUUCAGCUUUGUUGGACGAUGAAGUUGAGCAUGACACCAAGCUUGCUAUUGUCCUUUUGGUUGAGCAAAAACUUGGCCAGCAGGAAUCUGCGUGGGCCCCUUAUGUUAACUGGCUUCCUCAGCUUGGAGAAAUGGAUAGCGCGAUAUUCUGGAGCAAAAGUGAGUUGGACAUGAUUUAUAAAAGCUCAGUAUAUCAGGAAACAAUUGAACAAAAGACUCAAAUCGACAAAGAUUUCUUGAGAAUUAAGCCGGCUCUUGAACACUUACCUCAUAGUUUAAGGAGUAUUACAUUUAAGGAUUUCGUGCAUUCAUAUGCUUUAGUUAAAUCUCGAGCUUGGGGAAGCACAAAGGGUGCAUCUCUGAUCCCUUUUGCAGAUUUUCUGAACCAUGAUGGUAUUUCUGAAGCAGUUUUAUUAAAUGAUGAAGACAAGCAGGUCUCUGAGGUUAUUGCCGAUCGAAAUUAUGCUCCUCAUGAAGAGGUAAUGAUCAGAUAUGGAAAAUUUUCAAAUGCUACCCUGCUUUUGGACUUCGGGUUUACGCUUCCAUAUAACAUCCAUGAUCAGGUCAGGAUCCAGAUUGAUGUACCUCAUCAUGAUGUCUUGCGUGAAAUGAAGGUUGACAUCUUGCAAAGACAUUAUUUACCGACCAUCGAAGAUGACAAUGGUUUCAAGUCUUCCUGGGAUUCUUUCGUAAUCAAGAUCUGGUUUUCAUGUAGGGAAGUGAAGUCUGCUGGUGGGAAAGGGAAGGGUCUGCCACAGUCACUUCGUGCAUUUGCUCGCAUUCUAAGUUGCACCACUCAUCAAGAUUUAAGUGAUUUGGUCAUGGAAGCUGCACAAAACGAUGGUCGUUUGGCCCGGCGCCCUUUAAGAAAUAGCAGCAGAGAGAUCAAAGCGCAUGAGGUUUUGUCGUUCCACAUCACUCAACUUAUUGAGGAAUAUAAUGCCUCUAUUAAGUUAUUGGGGCCUGCUAAUUGUCCCUCGACAUGUAAAAGAGUUGCUCUUCGAAAGAAAAUGGCUUUUGAUCUCCUAUCUGGUGAGCUUCGUGUCCUUAAAUCUGCAUCUGCAUGGCUAAAGAAUUACUGCACAACCUUGUUACAGCAGACUGCUCAUGGAAGUGUUCAAGAAUGAUCAAGCAAAUAAGAGGAUAAUUUACAUGUACAACUUGAUGCAUAUAUCACCAAUUCAAUUCGGGGAUGACCCUCAGAAAAUUGGGGGGAAAUGUCAGUUCCUAAGGUUGGAUACAACAAUUGUGAAGUGCACAAAAGGGAUUGUUUUUGCAAUUAAAAAGAAUAUAUUUAUAUAAUUUUGUGAGAAAGUGGAGUUAUUCUCUUAUUUGAAGAGUAUCUGUUAAAUGCCUAACUGAAAUCUAAGAAACUCAAGAGUGGAAUGUUUCAGAUUAUUAGAAGGUUUUGUUAAUAUAGUUCAUUCAACCCGGUGUUUGCUCGACUGCCUAAA